AAUUAAGUCUUUCAGAAUGUUGAGAUUGAUCAAAGCCUACGUUGAGGUGAUGCACGCACGCCUCCCAUUCAAUUUGUCAUUACUUUACAAUGUUUAAUGUCUGCGAUGGAAAUACAGCUCGUUGUAGUUUUUAUCAAUAUGAGCUUCAUUGUGAACAUCGUCGCUGGUCAACCUUAGAAAUAUUUCAUUAAUUAAUGGAUAACAGUGGCAAGACAAGGCCGGUGAGAAGAAGUUACUGUCAAACGUUCAUAGCUAAUUAUCGUAAAUCAUAAUUAACUUUCGAUGCAUCAGACUUAAAUCAAUGUUAUCAAAGCUACUUAGAUUUGCUUAAAACAGUCCUUGGGGGCCCCAAUACCCAAACAAAACAACAAAGUCAUUUGGUGAAUCAUCACUCUAAAAUUUAUUUUCACUAAACUUCACCCCCAAAACAAUACGUUUUAUAUGGCAUCUGCACUGUUCUUUAAGGAGGGAUAAAUUUUCUUCCGGCUAUUUUUCCUAGCAAUUCACUUGUCACGCCGAAGUUUUACACGCUUAUUAUCCCCUGUAAUCCACUUUUCACUCCGGGAGUCUCUUAUCCAAUUGGGUCUCCUUUGUCAGUCAGGUCAAACGCUAUAUUCUAGUGUAUUCGUUAUUUUACUUCCUAGAUACUACUUAGUUUAUCAAACAACAAUGCAGCAAAAACUGUUUAAAAGUCAUGAAACUGAGAAAACAUUUAGCGCUUAUUGUUGCAUUCUAGAAAAAAAGUUACUUUUACAUUCAAGUCGAUGUAGUCAAAACGACGUAUCACGUGGUUUUUUACCACGUGUCAAUAACGCCGCGCGUGCAAUACAUUAGCUGAAACAAUUGUAUAGUUUAGACAAUACAUAUUAUUUUAUUUUUACUUUUCACUUGAAGUAGCUUCAUUAUAUUGCAUUACAUUCAAUCUUUCUUUCUCCGUACAAUGAGAACGCAAGCCGGGAUGUUGUACGUUUUUGAAAUUCCACCAUCAGGAUGGGGAUCAUUGCUUACUAUGUUUAUGAUGCUGAGAAAGAAAUUUCACAAAAAAAUAUCCAUGAAACAAUUGUUUCUUUGAUAUUUGCGUUUCUCUACAUGUUUUUCGACUAAACGGUUUUUGCAAACGCGCGAUCUCAAAAAUGUGCAGCAAAUCGCAUUUUUAUCAACAAAAGAUAGGAAAACAAGUCAUUAAAUACUUUAAGUAUUCUGUCAACGAUACGUGCUAACUUGUCGUGUUUCCUGCCAUGGUUCCUUUGAGUUGUUUCAGCAGGGGGGUGCGAUGGUAUCAUGUUGCAACUUCCCAACAGCAUAAAAGACGUAGUUAUCUCCAGUCAGGUUCAAAAACUACAUUUAUGAGCGAAGAAUCUUAAACGUGGCUACCUCCUUCGAAAAAAUGACUAUUCUAUACGUGUUCCUUGUCUUGUAUCUUGCUUCAUUGUCAAUGGCGAACCAUGAACCAGCAGUUCGCUUGAGGAUCACUCAAAAAGGGCUUGAUUACGCAAUGAAGAAUGCGAUGGAUAUCGCAGUAAAGAAAUUGGAAAAUCAAUCUUUGCCGAAUGUGAGCAAGAACGUCGCGUUCCUGUUUUUGAGCGUUGCAUUUAAAAACAUGAAAAUAUACGGUGUUAAUAUCUCGUCAAGCUCUCUUCUUCCGUUCCCCGACGGUGGGAUGCACGCGCGACUUAACAAAAUUCGCUUCAAUGUCAAAGGAAUGUGGAACAUGGCUUUAGGGAAAAUAGAAAUUGAUUCUGGAACGUUUGAUGUUGCUGUUAAAGAUCUUAGCAUCACCUUACUAACUGAUAUCGAAGUAAACAGUGGUCGCCUAACUGUAGGAAACAUAACUUGCGUUUCAACACUCGAUGGAGUCGAUACCAAAUUUGGCCAAAAAAACAGUUUCCCCUCGAUGUUUCAAUCCACGAUAAACAAGUUCAUUCGAAAAAAAAUUCCCGAAAUUACGUGUAGUGAAGGGAAGAAGUCAAUAACACAAGAGCUGAAUGAUCUGUUGUUAAAAUUUCCAAUAAAAACAACUGAUCCCAAGAACUUAGUGACGUUGGAUUAUUCUGUUGUCAAAGCACUUGAUUAUAAUGUGGACAGUGUUGAUAUUUUUCUUAAGGGUGAGUUCUCUACUUCCAACGGAAGCAAUUCUUGGCUACAUCAGCCGGCAUCUUUGCCUUUCGAUGGGUCACGUGACAGGAUGGUAUACGUCACCAUCAUGGAUGACAUGAUCAACAGCGCCAGUCACGCAUAUUUUAAUCAAGGGAUGAUGAGCUUUCAAACAUCAAAGUCACAUCUCAAAUCUAGGGCAGCCAUCAGUGUAGGAACGAACUUAACAAUCCAGUUCUCAGCAAGAUCACCUCCCCAUAUCAUCAUCAGUUCUUCCGGUCUUCAUUUUAACCUUAGAUUAAAGUCAAAAAUCACUGCUGUGUUACCGUUAAAUGUGAUUAAACAUAUCUAUGUUUUAACGAACGUAUCUGCAACGGCUGUCCUAAGACUUAGUGGAGCGAAAUUGAAUACGAAAAUUUCAGAUUUAAAAAUUGUUUCUCGAGUAAUGAAAAUUUCAAGUUUGUCCACAUUUCUGGGAAAAGAAAAUAAAAUAAAAAAUAUCGUGAAAAAUGAAAUUGAAACUUUAAUUGCCGACGCUACUUCAGAAAUUGAAUUGCCUUUACCACUCUCCGAAACAUUUCAAUUGAUAAAACCAAAGAUCACUUAUGGAAAGGGCUUUGUGACACUUGAAACCGAUAUCCUUUAUAAAGGGCCUUAAAAUCGACUCGAAGAGCAUUUCUCUUGAUGUGACGUCACUAUCUGCAGAAUGCAUUCAUGAUAUAAUUUUUUGAACAAUUUUGAAUUGUAAUAUUUGAUAUAAUUAUUGGCUUGUUUUGUAUAUUUGUUAGUAUGAGAAAAUUAUGUAUGUAAUCAAAUUUUGGUAUUCCGGACCUGAACAUAUAUUGUAUCACAAAUUCUGAAUUUGAAAUUCACAAUACAUGUUCGUAGCGUGUCCGUUUGAUGAUAAACAAAUAUUGCUAAAUAGGUAAUUAAAAUUCAUAAUUUGUAGAUUUACAACUAAAAUAGUAAAUAAAGAAUUCUUUGAUCACGCAAA